AGGUAUCGAGUGUUGUUCGCGUCAACAAAUUUUGACGUUUACUUCAAACAUAACCUAGCUGUUCUUAUAUUUUGAUAUAUUAUAUAUAUUUGUUUAUUUUCAUUUUUUGCAGUCAAUUUAAAAAAUUAUUAUUAAAAUUUAUUUUUCCUAUAUCUGGAUCAUGACUUUUUAUGUUUUUACUGUAUUUUAUUUAUUAAUCUCAGCGUGUUUUAUUUAUCCACCAAUUGAAUUUGUGUCAGCUGGAAUAACAAUAAAAGAUAUUUUUUCAAGUUGGUUAGGCAAUGAAAAUGAAUUUUUUGUGCAAUAUCAUAUAAAAAGAAGUAUAGCAACAUUAUUUGUACAUUCUAUGCUUCCAUUUGGGUAUACACUUGGAAUCGUUCUAUUUGGAAAUGUAGAAGCAGCACAAAUUUUGCUGGGAAAGGAAAAUCCUUUAUGGCCAACAUUAGCUGCAUGCUCAUUAAUUGGACCAAUUUACGCUUUAUUCAAAGUUAUAGCAUGGUCGAAAAAUAAUUGGUCUACACAUCCAAUUGCCGAAUGUCUAUCAGUUUAUUGCAAUAAUAAUACUACAAAUUGGAUGUCUGUUGCAUCAGAUAUUAACAUUGAAUAUAGAAGAGUAGACAAAAUAGUGAUUGAUACAAAUAGUGUUACGCGCAUUGUUGCAACUGACAAUUGGAUUAUUAAAGUUUCACCGUACAAAUUGCAAAUUGCACAUCAAAGCGAUACGGCUUUAAUUGUUAAUAAAAGUGAUACCCAUGUUAUGUCACCAACGACUAGAGGCGAAGUACAAUUUGUUAAUAUUGAGGUAAAACCAACAAGAAAUGGUGCUCAGUCUUUCAAUAUACGACUAAAUGCUUUGGAUUUCAAGGAUUUACAAGAUAAAAUUUUGAGGCCAAUUACUGUUUUGGAUAAUGUCACAUUUCACAGAACAGUUUUGGACAGGUUUAUUGACACAUUUAAAGAAGAAGUUGCAAAAAAUCCAUUAUACGAAACAAACCAGGAAUUGGAACAAUGUAUUGGUUGUAUGCAAACGACUUCAAACGUGAAACUUAAUAAAUCAUGUAACAAUAUUAGUGAAGAAUUUGGUCCUGACGCGUGUGUUACAUGUUACUGUCGACCAAUGUGGUGUAUAGAAUGCAUGGCAAAAUGGUUUGCUUCAAGGCAAAAUGAAAAUGCAACAGAAACGUGGUUAUCCUCAAAAUGUACUUGUCCAGUUUGUCGAGCGAAAUUCUGUCUUCUUGACGUGUGUUUAGUUAAAAUUAAUAAUUCGUAAAGAAAAAAAAGGUAUGUUUUUUUUUUUUAAAAUAUGUAGGUAUGAAAUUAAAUUUGCCGAAUUGUAAAGAAAUAUUUUUGGAUUUCUAAAAAUUAAUCAAUAAGGACAUUUUGUUAAAAAAAUAUUGUAUUCUAUUUUAUUAUAAAUCUUUCUUUUCAAUUAUAAAAUAAAUUAAAAGAGAAAAUUUAAAGAAUAUAAAUAAGAGUUUAAAAAAACGAUACUUUGUUGACUGUUUCACUAAUAAUAAAUAUAAUACUUAAAUAUAUAUAAAUAUAUCUUGAGUAACUAACAUUGUAUACGUGAUUUACUGUAAAUAAUAUAAAAAUUCAUUUUUCAAAAAUGUAAAAAUUAUAAAUUUUAUGCGUGUAAAAAUAUUUUAAGUCAAGUAUUUAUUGUUUGAUAUAAGUGAAAUAUAAUGAAAAUAAAUAACUUUUAUACUGUC